UACGAAAAGAGAAAUUCAUUAAGGUGUGGUUAGGUAACGCUUCGACGGGAAACGGACAGUCGAUUUGAAUUUCCCGGCCGGCUAGGACCAAGAUUGAUCGGAGAAGAAAAGGAAGAGUUUAGAUUUCGAGGUCUUUGACAAUGGCGGAUUCCGCUGAGGAAUUUGAGCCCUUGUUCGACUACAGCCGCGUUCAGCCUCGCUCCGUUGUUUGUCUCGAUGACGAGGAUUCGGACGUAGAGGAGUCUCGUGUACCUUUUUCAAAGCGAACGAAGAUUUCAAAUUCAGCGGUUACGAAUUUAGUGGACAAUCAAGCUGUGGAAAAUGAAGAUAAAGAGGAAGAUUGGCUGCCCCCUCCACCGAAGGUGUCUGUUGAUGCAAAAGACAUGUAUGGGGAAGAUUCGACAUUGAAGAAGUUAAGGUUAAAGAAGCAAGAGUUGGCCUCAGUUGCUCUAUCGGCUAAAAACUUGUUGCGAGAAGUGGAGGAAUCUGCAAAAGUGGAUGUUGGAACCACGCCCCACGUCUCCCUGGACCCUGCUGUGGAUGACCAAGCUCCAAUUGCUUCUAAAGAAAGAGAAAAGAUUGUUAUUUCUGUACGAGAUAGUGACAAGGAAGAGCUCCAACAGUUUCGCCUGUUUGUGGAUGACAAGUUUGAGCGACUUUUCAAAAUGUACGCGGACAAACUUAAAAUCGACCCUAAGAGUUUGGUUUUCGUCUUUGAUGGGGAUAAAGUCGGGCCAGAUGAUACCCCAGUUGGCCUCGGCAUGGAAGACGAUGAUAUGAUUGAAGUGAACAUCAAGUCAAGUUGAGUGAAAAGUUGUCUUUUCAAUGUAUAUUUGAGGAUUAAUUCACCAGUUUUGGGACGCGAGACUUGGGAUGGAAGGCUGUCGGGUCCCUUUGUCUGGUAACAAUCGCUUGGUAUGCACAUUGAGAUCAAUAGAAAAAUAAAAAUUAUGGAGAAUAUGAAAUUUUAUAGA